UAUGAGGUCAUUGUGACGUUGAAUAGAAACAGCAUUUCAAGGUAACGGACUCCACCGACUCAAAGACAGUAGGGGACUUUAUCAUUUCGGAAAUUUGGAGUUUUACGAAAAGAAAUUUGAUUUUCUGAGCGUUAUAUCCCCAGUUUUAUCCAAAUAAUCUUUAAAUUUUAAAAUUCAAAUUCUUCUCGUUCUUCGAGAACCUUUUUUUUAAAUUUAUUUAUUUUAAGUUUAUCUAACCAAAGUGCAACAUGCCGUUCAACAAGAUGAAUUUGGGAAUUAGUUCUGAUGUCUUAAAUCUAUGGCCAAUUAUUCGGCAAGCAGCAACUCCUCUAACGCCCUAUGAAACAGAAUAUUUACAACCUUAUCUUGCAUUUCCCAGAAACUAUGCUUGUUAUCCAAAGGAGAAAGAUGUACUAGGUGCUAGCUUUCAUGAUGGAAACAUACCAAAAUAUCUAUAUAUUGCUAAGUUCCCAGGACAUCAAAAUCUGACGACAGCUCUAUGCAUGAUUACUCAAACAAUACUCAGCAAUAUUGAGGAAUGGGAUGAGCAUACACUUGAUCGGAUUUUGGUCAACGGAUGUAAAUUACAUGAAAAAUGCCUGAAGAGACGCCAAGCAAUAAACGAUGCAUAUUCAUUAGAAAUCCGGCAUUUACCAACAUUUAUGGUAUAUGAUAAUUCAUGCACAUUUCAAAUUGUAUAUAGCAACCCAACAUAUGGAAAUAUAAUGAGUGACUGUAAAGGAACUGAGAAAAGGAAGACUUUGUAUAAUGCAUUGAGUAGUGCAUUCUUUCAAAGAAUUCAUGGUGUGAUUUUAAAACUGCAAGGUUUUGCUAUGAGUAUAGUUCGUCAUAAAGCAUCAAUUUUCUAUCUAUUCGAUAGCUUUCCAAAAGAUAACAUUGGCAGAUUUGACCGAUUUGGUACGGCCAAAUUGCUUAAAUUUUGUCAUUUGAAAGCACUUGCGAAAUACAUAGAGAAUGAAUUUUUGUGGGCACUUCCAUUCACAUUAGUUUCUAUUCGAAUGGUACGCAUAAAUUUAUGAAAUCAUUACAGAUAAAUAUUUAUUAUUUAAGAAAAAAAAAAACUCACCUACACAUAAUACCCUCACAAAAAAAAAUGUACUAGUGUAAUAAACAUUGGAAGAAAAUGUUGACAUAAAAAAAAAGUGAACU